CCAGCCACCGGCCACGUGCUUGUGCUUCUGCUGGUCCUUGCACAUAAUAAAGAAAAGUUUUUAAAGCUUCCCCUAACCAUCAGAUCUGAAUUUUCCAACUAAGAAAUAAAUUUAAAAAUCUUGAGACCACAGGAACAGUGAAUGUAUAUCUCACGUGUCUUAAGUCUCCUAACUAUAUAUCAUAUUCAGAUCCUAGAUCUCUCGAUGUAAUAGUAUCCUCAUAUCUGUCUCCCAUUCCUACACAAUAUGGAUGAAAAGCUAGUCAAGAAGAGAAGGAUAGUGUUGGUUCCAGUACCAGCACAAGGACAUGUCACUCCUAUUAUGCAACUUGGGAAAGCUCUUCACUCUAAAGGCUUCUCCAUCACCGUUAUUCAGACACAGUAUAAUCGAGUUAGCUCUUCCAAAGACUUCUCUGACUUUAACUUUCUCACCAUCCCUGGUAGCUUAACAGAUUCUGAUCUCAAAAACCUCGGACCAGUCCAAUUUUUGAUGAAGCUCAAUCAAGCCUGCGAGGCAAGCUUCAAGCAAUGUUUAGGUCAGAUAUUGAAGGAACAAGGUGACAAUGAUGAGAUUGCUUGUGUCAUCUACGAUGAGUACAUGUCUCUCUCAAAAGCUGCUGCUAAGGAGUUUCAACUUCCUAGUGUUGUCUUCAGUACUACAAGUGCUACUGCCUUUCUCUGCCGCUCUGUUAUUGCCAAAGUCAACGCAGAUAAGUUCUUGAUCGACAUGAAAGAUCUUGAACUGCAAGACAAGCUGUUUCCAGGGUUGCAUCCUUUAAGGUACAAGGACCUACCAACUUCUGCUUUUGGACCAAUAGAGAGUAUUCCACGUGUUUACAGUGAAACUGUUAACACUGGAACAGCUUCAGCUGUUAUCAUUAAUACAGCAAACUGUCUAGAGAGCUCUUCUUUGGCACGGUUGCAACGACAACUACAGGUUCCAGUAUAUCCUAUAGGCCCGCUUCACAUUGCAGCUUUUGCACCUUCUAGUUUGAUUGAAGAGGACAGAAGCUGCAUCGAGUGGUUGAACAUGCAGAAACCAACAUCAGUUAUAUACAUAAGCUUAGGAAGCUUAGCUUUGAUGGAAGCCAAAGACAUGUUAGAGAUGGCUUGGGGGUUGAGUAAUAGCAACCAACAUUUCUUGUGGGUGAUUCGACCCGGUUCUAUUCCUGCCUCGGAGUGGACAGAGUCCUUACCAGAGGAGUUCACCAAGCUGGUCUCAGAGAGAGGUUACAUUGUUAAAUGGGCCCCACAGAUGGAAGUUCUCAAACAUCCUGCAGUAGGAGGGUUUUGGAGUCACUGUGGAUGGAACUCGACAUUAGAGAGCAUUGGGGAAGGUGUUCCAAUGAUAUGUAGGCCUUUUACUGGUGAUCAGAAAGUCAAUGCUAGGUACUUGGAGAAUGUUUGGAGAAUUGGGGUUCAAUUAGAGGGAGAGCUUGAGAAAGAAGUUGUGGAGAGAGCUGUGAAGAGAUUGCUUGUGGAUGAAGAAGGAGCAUAUAUGAGGAAGAGAGCUAUUGAAUUGAAAGAGAAGCUUGAAUCCUCUAUUAGAAGUGGAGGUUCCUCAUGCAGCUCAUUAGACGACUUCAUCAAUUCCUUAAAGAUGAAGAGUUCCAUUUAGCAACAAAGUCAAAAGUGUAUUAGAAUAUACUUCUAACUUUUUUGGCAUUAUUUACCAAAAUAGCAUAGAAAAAGGGAUGUAAUUUCUAUAUGAAGUGUAAUGUUUUGGCAGUUUUCACUAAAUAAAAGACUUUCCUUAUUUGGA